AUGGUAAUGAGAGAUGGCAGCACUAUAGCGGUGGGCAACAAGGACGACUUAGUUACAUUCAUUGAUGUCAGAAUUCACAGGUCAAAGGCGGAGGAACAGUUUAAGUUUGAGGUCAAUGAGAUCUCGUGGAACAAUGACGGGGACCUGUUCUUCUUGACGAGUGGGAAAGGCAGCAUAAACAUACUGAGCUACCCAGAUUUAAAACUCCAGCCCACCCUGAAUGCUCACCCUGCUAACUGUAUCUGUAUCGAGUUUGACCCCAAGGGAAAGUACUUUGCCACUGGUAGUGCAGACGCCUUGGACAGUAUUUGGGACGUAGCAGAGCUAGCCUGUAUUAGGACCCUCUCCAGGUAG